AUGGCCGACCACUUCCACGCCUUCGACAACGAGUGUGGCAACAACCACUGGAGGAGGUUACGGCACAACAUACUCACACUCCCAUCCUACGAGCUCAACAAGUGUCUCUACGACAAGUACCACCAGCUCUUUGACAACGACAUCCACAGCCUCCACAACCUCGACGACCUCGUCAACCACCAGCAGUACCGGUCCAUCCACUUCCACUACCUCGACCUCGACCUCAUUCCCAGCUACAACCACAACAACUUCGAGCACCACAUCAACCACGACAACGACGACGACGACGACCACCGCAACAACUAUUCCUACUACGACAACGACCUCUACAACCACAAUCACAACUACCACCACUGCCCCAACGACAACCACGACAACGACUACGACUACAACCACCACUACCAUGACGACGACGACGACGACAUCCACGAUGUCAUAAAUGACGGCAGCUUCGAAGACGUCGAUGCCGGCUCGAUCGGGGUCGCGGACGCCACCAGCGGCGAAUGGUCUGUCUCUGGGGCGGCAGUUUUCACCCAGAACACCGGUUCGCCGUACGACACGCCCGACGGAUCGAAAUACGUCUACUUCACCGGCACGCCGGGCUCGAUCUCCACCGUGUCACAGAACCUGACCGAGCUCGUCCCCAAUUCCGACUACACGUUGACCUUCGACUACGCCGUCCCCGUCGCGAGCAACCCCAACCUGGGGAGCGGGAACGACUUCUCCCAGUGUGCUCUGCAGUACCAAAUCGGCGAUUCCUCCUACCCGGACCAAAUCGACUACUACGGCUCCCAACCGUCGUCGUGGGGCAGCGCUCCGGGACUGGCGUACACAGUCGACUGUUCGGAGGUGCUGCUCACGUUGAUCUGGGACUGUUCGCAGUUGUUGGCCGGGGAUGAGAUUGACUUUGCCAUCGACAACAUUGACUUCACGGGUGGACAGUGUUUCCAGGCGCCGGUGUGA